AUGCUCCGGUGGCGGGGCCGGGCGCGGGGCGUCGCGGUGGCGGUGGCGCACGGGCUGUGCUCGGGCUCGCUGAACAUCCUGCUGAAGUUCCUGCUGGCCCGCUACCACUUCGCCUUCCUGACGCUGCUGCAGUGCCUCAGCAGCGCGGCGGCGGCGCUGGGGCUGGAGGCGCUGCGGCGGCGGGGGCUGGCGGCGCUGCCGCCCUUCGGGCCCCGCCUGGCGCGCCCCUUCGCCGCCGUGGCCGCCCUGGCCACCCUGCAGUCCACCCUCACCCUCUGGUCGCUGCGCGGCCUCAGCCUCCCCAUGUAUGUGGUCUUCAAGCGCUGCCUGCCCCUCGUCACGCUGGUCACCGGCGCCCUGGUGCUCCGCGACGGCAUGCCAUCGCCCGGCGUCCUCGUCGCCGUCCUCAUCACCACCUGCGGCGCCGCGCUGGCCGGAGCUGGUGACCUGACUGGGGAUGCUAUGGGCUAUGUGACAGGCGUGCUGGCUGUGCUGAUACACGCUGCCUACCUGGUGCUCAUUCAGAAAACCAGUGUAGACAGUGAAUAUGGACCCCUAACAGCUCAGUACGCCAUCGCUGUUUCGGCCACCCCCUUCCUCAUCAUCUGCUCCUUUGCCAGCAUGGAUUCCAUCAAUGUCUGGUCCUUCCCGGGCUGGAAGGACCCUGCCAUGGUAUGCAUCUUUAUUGCUUGUGUCCUGAUUAGCUGUGCCAUGAACUUUACCACCCUUCACUGCACCUACAUUAACUCGGCUGUGACCACCAGCUUUGUAGGGGUGGUGAAGAGCAUAGCCACCAUCACGGUAGGCAUGGUGGCAUUCAAUGAUGUGGAGCCCACAAAGUUAUUUAUAGCUGGGGUUGUGGUCAACACCUUGGGGUCUGUCAUUUACUGCGUGGCCAAGUACGUCGAGACCAGGCGGCAGAGCAACUAUGAGGACCUGGAGAAAGAAGCUAGAGAAGAGGAGGGGAAAAGGCAGGCUGGAGACCAAGCUCUGUUUGCCAUGGAGACAAUUCCCCAGCGGAAGGGGGCUGAGGAAGCAGCGGUGGAAGGAUCACCCACAGGGCAGAGACAGAGUGGAGAGGAAGAGAAGGACGUCACUGAGAAAUCAGCCACGGCACUUGUGGUUCAGGGAAAAUCCACCAUCACACAAGAAGUGAACAGAAGCUCGCUGAAAGAAGCCUAUCUUGGAGUAUGGAGGUUGGUGAGGGGUGCUAAUUAUAUAAAGAAGGAUUAUUUGAUAGAAAAUGAAGAGCUACCAAACCCUUAAAAAGCAGAUUUGAAAACGUAUUGUUUGAGGACAGACACCUGGUUUUCUGUACAGGGGGAAGGCAGAGCAUACAUUUCCACAUCAAUGCUUACAAAUCCAAAUCAUUCAGGAUGACUUUACCUCAUUGUCAAAAAGCUAAAGGUCAUAGUUUGCUCAUGCUUUGGGCUUGCUUUCUGCUGCUUUCAGUAUGUCACUUUAGACCCACCUCAGCUAAGGUGCUGACACUCUGCUGCAGACACAGAGAGAGCUGGGUAAGGGGAAGCCACGGGGUGCUUGCCCAGCAGCUGGGAAUAUGAGGGAUAUCAGUGCCACUGGGAUACUUGGCAGUACCAGUGACACAGCAGUGGCCUAUACCUUAGAUUGUGUCUGGAGCCUAGUGAUUUUAACACAUUUGGAGGCUCUGUCAGUGUGCUUCUGUAUCUCUAUCCAUCCAAUUAUAGGUACUCUACGUAACCAACUCCUACAAUAUAAACUCGUAUUAACUGUACUUUUUUGUGCUCCUCUGUGUCAAUACAAUUACAACAGAGCUAGAGGUUGUGCCACUUCAGUUAUAUUGGUGUAAAAUCACUCUCUUGUCUGAUGAAUUGAAGCCUCCAGGCCAACCUUGGACCUGGUUUACCUUUGGUGCUUUGUGUCUUCAGUAGAAAUCCUUUAGUCUUGUGGUGGUGUACAUGAAAGCAGGACCAGAUCUGAGCUUCUGAGAAGCUUUGACUGGCAAAAGAAGGAUGUUUGUCUAUGAGCUUUAACUAUACAUAGCUUUCGGAAUAUUAGCUUGACUCAAAUAAAAGAGUUUGAAAAUGUUGGUAUGUAUUGAUUGGAUUUGGGAGGGCUAUAAAAAAUUAGGGAGAAAGUGUGUGCCUUGUGUUAUCCCUCCUUGUACCCUAAAGUCAGAUGAAUCAGAGCCUGGACUGGAACACAGAUGUCCUCUCUGUUAAUUCUGUCACAAGCAGAGGCUGAGAGCAGAGCUGGGGACACCAACUCUGAAGUUCCCUGGAGUGCUUUUGCAGGACAGGUGUGCUACAUCCUGGCCAUGUGCUGGUACUUGGCUUUGUGCAUAUCUGCCCUCUCUGUCCCUGUGCUGUGCUGUUCUGUGGAACAAAGCACGGGCAGGCAGCAGGAGCUGCCCGGGGCUCCAGCAGAUCCCAUGGCUUGGGGAGCGAGAUGCUCGGUGUGCUUGGCACUCAUGGGGAACUCAAGCGCUCGUGAAGGAAGUGGGAAGCAGGUGCUCCAGCGAGGCCUCUGGUGAAUAUGCUAGUAUUUUGUCCCACAUCUGUUUAACUGAAAAGACUGUGGAAACAAAUGUUUGAGUGUUUCUUUGCCUGAAGAUACUCGUUUGGUAGGUGGGAGUACUUGGGUGGAAUCUUUGCUCGGACUAGACAGAGAAAAGAUUUGACUGUGAGUACUUCUCACCCCAAAAGGGUGCUGCAGCCAUUGAGGCUACCUUGACAACAGACUGAAACAAGUUGUUACCAUUUUCUGAAAAAAUGAACCAAGUUUGUUGUUGUUGCUGUUUUUAAUAUUGUUAUUGUUGUUAUUAAUAAUUAUUUAUUAUUGUCUAUUAAGCCACUGAACUGAAAAUCAGCUAUUCCCACAGCCCUAAUUAACCAGUGCCUGGCCCAGUGCUCUCUCCAGCUGAGCAGGCAGCAUUAGCCUCACAGCGUGUUCAGUCUGAAGUGAGCAAUUUGCCCAGCAGGGAAUAUUUGCAAAACUGCUCUCUGGGGGAGCUUUAGGUUCUUGUCAAUAAAUGCAGGCAGAAACAUCAGGUGCUGCGGCACUGUGUUUUCAGAAUGAUUGCAGAAGUUGGCUGACCUGGCAUCACCCAUGAAUUUUGAAAGAGAUGGCUAAAAGGACAUUUAUACUAAAAGCCUGGAGCUGCUGAGCUGGGGGACAGGGCAGGGAGCUCUGUACAUCACAUGUUAUGUAUAGCUUGUGUUUAAGAGGUACUGGCUGUUUGCCAAAAUACGUUUACCUUCUGUUCGAGCUCCAUAUGGGAUCUUUUCAAUAAAAGUACUAUUUAUUGUUUCUAGGCUAAUAUAAUAGGGCUUUUGUUAGUUUUUCAAAUGCAUCCUAGGCUAAAGAAGUUUGUGUUACUUAUAGUUGCUGUGUUAGUGAGCUCACUGUGAUCUUGAACUGCAUUGUAAUCAUACAGAUGGCUGGAGAGAAACACACAAUUCUGAUCUGUCCUCACUGUGCUCAGUGUUUUUUGUCCACAAAAAAUGUGGAUCUUCUUACCACCUGGAUGCCAGUCUUAGAUCCCGUAGUGCACACACCAUGUUUGACACGUGCUCUAGGAAGCUCUCCCUCUGGACUCUUGUUUCAGGACUUUUUCCUGUGGGGAGGUUAAAUGU